UAUUUCAUUUUGUUGUAUUUCAGUCCGUCACCAUGAGAAGAAAAACGGCUUCGAGAUUAUUUUUGCUUUGCAGAGUUUCUGAAAGACUAAGGACAGCAUUAAAUACUAAUUUUCCUUCAAGAAGCUGUCUGGUCAUGGUGUUACUAGAGGGGAGAAUCACCCACAUCGCCUCUUUCCUGUUCCCGCUAAGUUUUAAAUGAACCAUGGGGCAUGCGAGGCCCGGACAGCGCCCCCGCGCAUCCCGCUCUGGGUGCUCUGGGACCAAGGUGCCAGCUGCUCCUCUCCUGGGGGCUGGGUCCCUGGAAAAGCAGAGCAGAUCCAGCCCAGCACGGUGUCGGCAGCAAUCGACAGGCGCUCGCUCAAGGAGCUCGGCCCCGGUUCUGUUGCAAAAUGUGAAAAUGAAGGGGAGGAGCUCCAGAUCCCGUUCAUCACAGACAACCCCUGCAUCAUGUGUGUGUGCCUGAACAAGGAAGUGACCUGCCAGCGGGAGAAGUGCCCGGUGCUGCCGCGCGACUGUGCCCUGGCCGUCAAGCAGAGGGGCACCUGCUGCGAGCGCUGCAAAGAUUAACUCUAGGUCCUCUGCUUGUCUUUGGAGCAACUCUGAAGCCUCCUUACCCCACCUGGGCUGCUUCGCCCAGCUCUCCAGUGUUGGGUCUUGUUUGACUUUCCUUUACCCAAGGGAGUCACCGUCUAAGCCGUGUUUCUCAAAACUGGCUGUAAAUGAGCUGUGACGUAGCA